AUGCAACGCCGCUCUGCUCAACUCGAUUCAGACCAAGACUCAAAUUUCCUUCCGCUAUCGUCAACUCAUUCUUUUGAGCUCAGAGAUAAUGCUUCAUACCCAUAUCCCCCACGCUUAAAAUCGCCCUAUAAUGGUAAUGCUACAACCUCACAUGUAUCUAAUCAAGUCGGGUCGAAGCAAAGUCGUUCUACUCAUCGCCGCCAACGUCACUGUGCCCACCCUGAUUGUCCUAUAGAGAUUGGGAAGCCCGUUUCCCAUCACUUUGACCAACUCCCAUGGAUCUCGAUCAUGGAUAUCCCUCCUUCAGAAUUCCCCUCAUAUGAUAUAGCCGAUCUAUCGCAAUUACCAGUCCCGGGACCGUAUACUAGCAACGAUCCAGGCAGUGGCCCAGCAUUUGGUGCAGUCCGCCGCCGGAAAAGAUCUUUUCGCACAGAUCCUCUCUGUUUCUCCUUGGAACACUCUUCUUCACCGAUAACAUCGCUUGGAAAUUGCACUAGUCAAACAAUCUCGUCGACACCGCCUCCAAAGGCAAGACGUCCUCGUACAUUCCAUCGCUUAAUGCCCGUUUUCUCCUGCGACACUCACAGCCUUCAUGACGCCAAACUCUCGAUUCCUUCUCAUUUUCUACCGUAA